AUGAAGACCACUGCUCUCUCUUUUGCCCUGCUGGCUGCCGCCACCACCAUGGUGAGCGCCGAUGUUUCCGUUGGUGAAUGCGCUCAAAUGUGCAUCAGCAACAUGAACGCCAAGGCUUCCGAGCUUGGUUGCUCCAGCGGAGACUUGGAUUGCCUGUGCAAGAGCGGCAACUACUCCUAUGGUGUGCGCGACUGCACUACUGAGGCCUGCCCUAGCGAGGAUGCUGCUGCCGUCGUGGCUGCCGCUCUUGCUUCCUGCCCUAACGGCUCUUCUGACAGCAGCGCUACUGGUACCAACGGUGGUGGUGCCUCCAAGACUGGUGAUUCCGCCUCUGCCACCGGCACUGAUGCCUCCAAGACCGGUGACUCGACUGCCACUGGCACUGCUACUGGCACCGAUGCUUCCAAGACCGGUGACUCUACCGCUACUGGCACUGACGCCUCCAAGACCGGUGAUUCUACCGCUACUGCCACUGGUACCGACGCUUCCAAGACUGGUGACUCCACCGCUACUGGCACCGAUGCUUCUAAGACCGGUGACUCGACUGCCACUGGCACCGACGCGUCCAAGACUGGCGACGCCUCCACUACUGUGACCGGCUCCACCCUCAGCACUUCUGCUAGCACCACCACCGACGGCUCCAGCUCCUCCGAGACCGGCUCUAACGGCAGCAGCUCCACUGAUGGCUCCAACGGCGGUUCCAACGGCGGCAGCGCAACUGAGACUGCUCCCUCCAGCACCUCGACCAACUCUGGCGCUUCCAAGACCGUCCUCGGCAGCGGUGCCCUGGGUGCUCUUGCGCUCGCCGCUUUCUUCGUUCUCUAA